AUGGGUCAACUGUGUGGACGAUGCGUGCAGCUGCUGCGGGACUUCGUGGCCUUUGUUCAGAGGAUGUCCUCCGACUUGGUGCAUGGCAUCAAGGAAUGCUUAACUCUGAUAAGCAAAUGCUCCUGCUUAAAACAAAACAGCUCUAAAGCCAGACAGCUGUACAAGCCCAUCCUGCAGCCUCAUGAGAGGGUGACAGCACAGGAGUUUCUGCAGCAUAUUGAAACAGGUUUUGAAAUGUCACCGCUUGGAAAGGACCCUCUGGAAGCCUUGAGGACCUUAGCCUUUUCAGAAAACCCAGGUUUACAGCAGUCUGCUGCCCUCUAUUACUUGCAUAUGAGUCAGCACAUGAACGUCCCCCUGCCUGUGGAGCAUCUGGAACCCUUCUAUGCCUUACUACGGUCUGCUGACCUGGAGGUGCAGCAGAUGUCUUCCUUGUCCCUUGUCAACUUCUUGCUGGAAGGAAAUAUUGACAAAGAAUUAGUUGUCCAAAUGGGUUUACUUGAGCCAAUUCUGGAUCUGCUCGAGUCAGAGGAUCCCACUGUCCAAUGUAAUUCCUGUGCCUGCACCAUGACUUUGGCUGUUUCAGAGUCUAACCGAGAGGCUAUUGGCGCUGCGCAAGGAGUUACACCCCUACUGUCUCUUGCCAAUUCCUGUGAUCCUAGAGUCCAACAAAACGCAGUUGGUGCUAUUUUCAACCUCACACAAUCAGAGAAAAUCCAACAGGUCCUAUGCAAGGAAGGAGCCCUACCCGUUCUUACCUUGCUGCUUGAAUCUCCUGACUCAGAAGUGCAGUAUUACAGCUGUGCUGCCCUUAGCAAUGUGGCGGCCAAUGUUCAGCACCACGAAGCUAUGCUGAGACCCGGCAACAGAUUCCUGUUUUUCCUGCUGCGGACACUCAUCUCUCUCUUAUCCUCUUCUGUGGACAAGGUUUCAAGCCAGGCAUGUGUUUGCCUAAGAAAUUUGGCUACUAGUGCGGACAUCCAGGCCAAGAUGGUUACUGAGGACGUCCUCCCCAAGCUGCGCUCCCUCCUGGCAUCCGGCAGCGAGGCCGUGCGUCGCGCCUCCAUCGCUCUGCUCUGGAUACUGUCCCAGCACCCGCACAACCAGGACGCUCUGGCGUCUGCCGAGCUACUGCAGAGCCUGGGGAUGCUACUGUCAGUGCAUAAAACAGACCCUGUGAUUGUCGGCCAUGCUGCUUGUAUCAUCAAAAACCUGAGCCUUUCCAAAACCAGACAGAGAAUCAUUGAAAGCCCCUGUAUUGAAGGUCUCCUCCAGACCAUGCUUUCUACUGACAUUCAAGAAGACUCUCUUCAUUAUGUGACAUCGUGCCUUGCUGAGCUGGCAAAGCAAGAAGGAGCCACGUUACGCAUGGUCCAAUGGAUGGAUGAACCCUUGACAAAGUGCUUGGUGAGACUGGCUGGCCAGCUGGAACACACCGAGGCAUCCUUUCAAGCUGCUUCCAUCAUCAAGUACACGAUAGGUCACGAAAAAAUGCUGCUUUUGUUGAAGCAUCACGUCGGAGAGAUUCAGGCUUACCUCAAGAAUUUUCUUACCCACCAAGAGAUCCGCUUUCAGCAGCUGGGCAUCUCUACAUUCUGCGGGCUGCGAGAAGAUCCAGAAUUUUCAUUAGCAUUCAGAAAAAGCCAAAUGGCCAAACUCCUUGAGCAAGUCCGUCAACAAACAGAAGAAACUCAAGAGCUCCUUAGGGCAGCUAUUUGCCACGAAGACAGUUAA